UUUCUGAGAGAGUCUGGUUUGUCCUUUGCAAGCCAUGUGGCUCUACCUGGUGGUUCUCCUGGGCCUGUGGAACCUCCUGCGCUUGUUCAGGGAGAGGCAGGUGGUGAGCCAUCUCCAAGACAAGCAUGUCUUCAUCACGGGCUGUGACUCGGGCUUUGUGAACCUGCUGGCCAGACAGCUGGACAGGAGAGGCAUGAGGGUGCUGGCUGCAUGUCUGACAGAAAGUGGAGCUGAGGAGCUGAGGAGCAAGACAUCAGACAGGCUGGAGACGGUGAUCCUCGAUGUCACCAAGACAGAGAGUGUUGUGGCAGCCACUCAGUGGGUGAAGGAGCGUGUUGGCAACAGAGGACUCUGGGGUCUGGUCAACAACGCUGGUAUCUCCACCCCCUCGGGUCCCAAUGAGUGGCUGACCAAGCAGGACUUUGCAAAGGUGCUGGAUGUGAACCUGUUGGGCAUGAUCGAGGUGACCCUGAGCAUGCUGCCCUUAGUGAGGAAGGCAAGAGGCCGUGUGGUCAACGUCUCCAGCGUCAUGGGCCGAGUGUCUUUCUUUGGUGGUGGUUACUGCAUCUCCAAGCAUGGUGUAGAGGCCUUCUCGGACUCCCUCAGGAGGGAGCUCUCCUAUUUUGGGGUGAAGGUGGCUAUUAUAGAGCCCGGAGGCUUCAAGACUUGUGUGACCAGUAGUGACAGGUUAUCGUCAAGUGUGAAGAUGGUGUGGGACCAGGCCAGCUCAGAAGUCAAAGAGGUCUAUGGCGAGAAGUUUUUGUCAUCUUAUCUGUCAGUGAUAAACUUAUUGGAUCAAAACUGCAGUGAGGACCUCUCCUUGGUGACGGACUGCAUGGAGCACGCGCUGACUUCCUGUCACCCUCGCACUCGGUACUCGGCUGGUUGGGAUGCCAAGCUCUUGUUCCUUCCUGUGAGCUACCUGCCUACCUUUCUUGUGGAUGUCGUUGUCUAUUGGACAUCCACAAAGCCUGACAAAGCUCUGUGAAGCCUACAUCUGUUUCUGUAGUUGGGGGUAUGUGAGUGUAGCUGAGGUCAUGAAUCCUUAGGAGAAGGAAGAUUCCUAGGCUCAGUACAGCCUUGUCAUGGGGAGCAACAUCCAUAGGUGCCUGACUUUUCUUCCCUCAGUAUGAACAUGGAAGAUAUGGAGCCACAGGCGAAACUGCUAUGUUUAAACCAUGAUUCCCAAUGUGGCUGGAAAUAGAAAAUGAUCUUCCAUGUCUCAGGAUCAACUGUUAUACUUAUUUCAUUAUUAAAGAUUUGUUUUUUAUUUAUCUGCA